CUCUCAAGAAACUCGGUCACACCGCCUGGCCCUGCGGCACCCGCCCACGGCCACGACGCACGACGUACCGCAUCCCGCCCGUCAGCUUCCGACUUCCCCGCGAUUGAUCCAAUUCUGUGCCAAUUCUGUCCCUUGGAAGUCUCAAUACCUUACGAACAAGCAAAAAACAGCCUAAGCCUAACGACUAGAGGGAGGAAUUUCUUUUCCUCCCCCGUCACCCCACGUCAAAACAAUGGGUAAUAACCCUUCCUCAACCUCGAAACCGCCCACCCCCACUACAGCUUCGUCGCACGACUCCCCACGAUCUUCCAAGAAGGAACCCAAGAACCUGGUAUCAAUACACAACCAACAGAUCAGGUCACCAGCCUCUCCCGAAGCUUCGACCAUCCAGGCAACUGGUACAUCUAUCAUUAACAAGAACUCCCAAUCGAGGCCGCUCUCCAUCCUCAACUCCUCCUCACCCUCCACUAGCUCAAACAACUCUUCUGCAAUUCCUAAAGCUCCCGAGCCAAAGCCGAAGCCCGCCGAAUUCAAGGAUGAACACUCUAAACCUGUAGCAGUUCCCUUCUCCUAUUCCCAUUCGGAACAGGACUCCUCUUACGCCCACGAUUCUCAGUACGAGGAGAGCCUCAUAUCAGGCCCCACCUCUAGCAGCAUUCAAGAUAUGUCGUAUCAUAUCAACCGUCCACCUAGGUUACCGCUUCCAAUUGAAGAAGAGAUCCAUACUCCCGGUUCGCCCAUAGUUGGACCAAGUGAUGCUGACGUCAAGCCUGUCGAUGAUAUACCAGUCUUAGAUGAAUCGAGUAGUAUACCGCGCCGUGCUUCCGGGCUUAGCAACGCGACUGAUGAAGAUGAUGCCGAAGAACUUCGAGUUGAUAAGACACGGCCAACUAUACCAACCCGUAUAGAGUGGUCGCGGGGUGGCCAGAAAGUUUACGUCACAGGAACACCGUUUCAAUGGAGUCGAAAGCAGCGAUUGGUUCCAGCCAAAGAUAGGGAGGGCGUGUUGCAGACAAUAAUACCCGUUUUCCCAGGCACACACCACAUAAAAUUCUUGGUCGACGGAAAUAUGCAAACAUCGCCUGACUUGCCUACUACGGUGGAUUUUGGAAACAACUUGGUCAACUAUAUCGAGGUAAGUGGCGACGACGCAGGCUCGAGGAAUGUACCUCUGGAUGCGGGCGUUCCUAAGUCGAACGAAGCCGCCCUGUCUCUUCCAUCGAGACAACCUUCCCACGAUGGCUCAGUUAAGGGCCCACAACCGAAGGUGAUAGAUCCGGUUGAGAGAUUCUCCGCAAAGAUCCCUCAAUAUCUAGAUGAUUUCGACCAGCCCGAAGAGUCCUCGUCAUAUAGACUUUCUGCGUUGGCUUUGGAUCGACUUCCGCCACCACCUAGCCUACCUGGUUUCUUAAGUAAACCGAUCAUGAACAACACUACGCUCAUUAAGGACGACAAUAGUGUACUGAACAUGCCGAAUCACACCAUACUCAACCACUUAGCUACCUGUAGUAUCAAGAAUAACGUUCUUGCCGUAUCGGCUACUACUCGAUACCAGAGCAAAUACGUGACCACGAUUAUUUACAAGGCUACAAAGAACGAGUAGCGCUCUACCCUCAAAGACAAUGGAUUGUGUCGAGUGUCCAUAAGGGAUACUAUUUCAUACUAUACGGGAGUUUAUCUUGGGAGAGUGAUACCUCUCGUGUGCUUGCUAUUAGGCUAAGGCUAGGGAAAAGGUUAUACUCCAUGCCUCGAGCAUGACUAUUCUUAGGGGGAAUCUCGCACUGGCUAGUGCCAUGUAUUUCACUAUUUUGAGGACAGAUCUAUGUGGAU